GCUGUCAUUGACCGCGCUUCCUCUCUGUAUUGGCGGUCGGUUAUGGCGUUUGGCUGCGGAUGGUUCCUGGAACUGAGGUGGAAGCUGGUGUCAGUGUUGUGAUCUUGCUGUUGAGUCUCACAAGGAGUUUUACGCCUGACCUGGCCCGUGUUUUGUUUAUGGUUUGGAUGCGCUGAGAUAAUAUGGCCACCAUGGAGAAGCUAAUGAGGGCGUUUGAAUCUCUCAAGUCUUUCCAGCAGCAGCAAGUGCCGGCGGCGCCGGUGGUGGUAGAGGAACCGGUGCAGAAACUGAAAAAAGAACCUUCAACUAACAAGAAAGAUCGUGUAAAUCAUUGUCUGACAAUAUGUGAGAAUAUUGUUGCUCAAUCACUGAGGAGCUCACCUGAAUUUCAGAAAUUGGUAGGUAUUGCCAUGGAGCUGUUCCUGCUGUGCAGUGAUGAUGCAGAGUCUGAUGUCAGGAUGGUUGCUGAUGAAUGCCUCAAUAAAGUGGUGAAAGCUUUAAUGGAUUCUAAUCUCCCAAGACUACAGCUGGAACUUUAUAAGGAAAUCAAAAAAAAUGGAGCACCACGAAGCUUGAGGGCUGCUCUCUGGAGGUUUGCUGAACUUGCCCAUCUUGUGCGUCCCCAGAAGUGCAGACCGUACUUGGUAAACUUACUGCCAUGCCUCACAAGAAUUAGUAAACGACAUGAAGAGUCUGUACAAGAAACGCUUGCUGCUGCUGUUCCAAAAAUCAUGGCUGCCUUUGGUAACUUUGCAAAUGACAAUGAAAUAAAGGUUCUACUAAAAGCAUUUAUAGCAAAUCUGAAAUCUAACUCUCCCACUAUCCGUCGAACAGCAGCUGGUUCUGCUGUAAGCAUAUGUCAGCAUUCUCGAAGAACUCAGUAUUUCUACACGUGGCUUCUAAAUGUACUAUUAGGGCUCCUUGUUCCUGUGGAGGAUGAACACCCAACAUUGUUAAUACUAGGAGUUUUAUUGACACUACGGUACUUAAUACCAUUAUUACAGCAGCAGGUGAAAGAUACAAGUCUGAAAGGCAGCUUUGGAGUCACAAAGAAAGAAGCUGAAAUUUCACCUUCAGUCGAACAGUUAAUACAGAUUUAUGAACUGACAUUACAUUACACCCAACAUCGGGAUCAUAACGUAGUGACUGGUGCUCUAGAGUUACUGCAGCAGAUUUUCAGGACUCCCCCUCUUGAGCUGCUUCAUGCACUGACCACAAAUGGGGGAAUAGAGCAGGUCAGCAUUUCUAGAGAUGAGUCAUGUACCAGGAGUCGCAGUGGAAGCAUUGUGGAAUUAAUAGCUGGUGGGAGUUCUACCUGCAGUCCUAUUCUUUCAAGGAAACAGAAAGGGAAAAUACAUUUAGGUGAAGAAGAAGGACUGGAGGAUGACUCAGAAGUGAAACCAGAAAGCACUACAACACCUUUGGCAGCUGGUGUUAAAAAUGAAGCAGCAGCUGAUGGUUCUACAUCCUCUGGUGGUUCUGCUCCAGUGUCAGGCACAACUCCAGACUCUGCCGUUCAUGACAUCAUCACAGAGCAACCACGUUCACAACACACUUUGCAGUCAGACUCGGUAGAUCUUAGCAGCUCAGACUUGCCAAGCACUGUAGCAGAAGGGGAUGAGGAGGACGUUUUAAGUUGCAGUUCCAGCCAGAUCAGCACUGUUCAAUCUGAUGCAAACAUAGACUUGAAUGAGGGAACCACCCAGGCUUCCUCACCAGUGAGUGAUAGCUCACAAACCACCACAGAAGGUCCAGAUUCUGCUGUGACGCCUUCGGACAGUUCUGAAAUUGUAAUAGAUGGUGCUGAUAGUCAAUACUCCGGGAUGCAAAUCGGGCAGCUUCAAGAUGAGGAAGACGAAGGAACAAUUCUUCACCAGGAGGAGACAGCGGAACAUUUUAUAAACACUGCUCUUGGACUAAAUUCAAGCCAUCUUCUAAAAACGAUGGGCCAUAGCAGACAGUCGUCAGAUAGUAGUGUGGACCAUUUUAUAGCCAAAGAAGAAGCUGUAGAGCCAGGAGAGCUGGAAAAUAAGCCUUCCAGGAUAAAAGGGGACAUUGGGCAUUACACAGAUCGCAAUGCUGCACCACUUACACACUGUGUUCGGCUCUUAUCCGCUUCCUUUUUGCUCACUGGACAGAAAAAUGCUUUGGUUCCUGACAGAGAUGUACGAGUUAGUGUGAAAGCAUUGGCUGUCAGUUGCGUUGGAGCAGCUGUGGCUUUGUAUCCUGAAGCUUUCUUUAACAAACUAUACAAGCUUCCAACAGAAAGCGUGGAAUCUCAAGAUAUGCAGUAUCUCUCAGAUAUUCUGAAUUACAUUAACCACGGGGACCCCCAGAUUAGAGGAGCUACAGCUAUUCUCUGUGGAACCAUUGUUUUUUCCAUUCUCCAUAAAUCGAGAUUUGAUGCUGCACAUUGGCUGGCCAUUGUAAGAAACUGCACAGGAAAUACUUUUUCUAUGGAAGACUGUGUUCCUUUGUUGCAAAAGUCAUUGAAAGAUGAAUCCUCUGUCACAUGCAAGCUGGCUUGUGUGGCUGUUCGGCACUGUAUAAUGAGUUUAUGUUGUAGCACGUUCAGUGAAUUAGGACUACAAUUAUUGAUUGAUCUUCUCACACUGAAGAACAGCUCUUACUGGCUUGUGAGAACAGAGCUUUUGGAAACCCUGGCAGAAAUUGAUUUCAGGUUAGUCAAUUUUUUGGAAGGAAGAGCGGAGAAUAUACAUAGAGGCGUUCAUCACUAUACUGGGUUGUUAAAGCUCCAGGAUCGUGUACUGAACAGUGUGAUUAUCAGUCUUCUUGGAGAUGAAGAUGCCAGAGUGAGACAUGUAGCAGCAGCAUCAUUAGUUAGACUUUUACCAAGAUUGUUUUACAAUUGUGAUCAAGGACAAGCUGAUCCUGUUGUAGCAGUAGCAAGAGACCAAAGCAGCGUAUAUCUGAAACUUCUCAUGCACGAAACUCCCUCUCCUUCCCACUUUGCCAUCAGCACAAUCACCAGAAUUUACAGAGGAUACAACAUAUUGCAAAGUCCAACAGAUGUUAGCUUGGAAAAUAACCUCUCCAAGGUUAUCACUGCCGUUUCCCAUGCAUUGACAACUGCAACCACAAGAGCACUCAUGUUUGGUUGCUGUGAGGCUCUGUGUUUGCUGUCUACAGCAUAUCCAGCGUGCACGUGGAGCGUGGGAUGGCAUUGUGGUUAUGUUAUAUCCUCUAAUCUACAAACUUCACGGAUCCAAGUUUAUAAAAACAGAGGUCGCUCCUUCAGUAUUUCUCAGCAAAGUCCUUCUGAGGAGCAACGGAAAAGCUGCACUGCUGGAAUGACAAAUAUGAUCCUGUCACUGCUCUCGUCUGCGUGGUUUCCCUUAGAUCUCUCUGCACAUCAAGAUGCUUUAGUUCUUGCAGGAAAUUUACUUGCAGCUACAGCUCCUAAGUCAUUGAAAAGCCCCUGGACAACAGAGGAGGAAAUCAAUCAAGCAACCAAUAAACAAGAGGAACCUUGGCCUGCCUUGGGUGACCGAUCAUUGGUUACAAUGGUCGAACAACUCUUCAUUCAUUUAUUGAAGGCUAUUAACAUUUGUGCUCAUGUGAUUGAUGAUGUUCCUCCUGGUCCAGUCAUAAAGACAACACUGCCUUCUCUUACAAACCCUCCAUCUUUAAGUCCAAUUCGCCGUAAGGGAAAGGAGAGGGAUGCAGCAGAGCAAACAACCGUACCAAUGAGCCCAAAGAAAGCCAGUGAUGCCACUCCAGUGUCUCGCCAAACAGAUGCCUCAGGUCCCACCCAAACAAGCAAAUCCUUAGGCAGUUUCUACCAUCUUCCAUCAUAUCUUAAAUUGUAUGAUGUGUUAAAAGCUACGUAUGCAAACUAUAAGGUUACUUUGGACCUUCAGAAUACCAGUGAAAAGUUUGGGAGUUUUCUGCGGUCUGCUUUGGAUGUUCUGUCACAGAUUUUAGAGCUUGCUACACUUCAGGAUAUAGCCAAGUGUGUUGAAGAAAUACUAGGAUAUCUAAAAUCAUGUUUCAGCAGAGAACCUGUGAUGUCCACUGUUUGUGUUCAGCAGUUACUGAAAACACUGUUUGGGACUAAUCUGGCAUCCCAAUUUGAGGCCUUAUCGUCAAACCCCAGUAAAACGCAAGGAAAAGCUCAGCGUUUGGGCUCAUCUAAUCUCCGGCCUGGCUUGUACCAUUACUGCUUCAUGGCACCAUACACACAUUUCACACAAGCCCUGGCAGAUGCAAGUUUGAGAAACAUGGUACAAGCUGAACAAGAGCAGGAUACUUCAGGGUGGUUUGAUGUAAUACAAAGAGUUUCUUCACAGUUGAAAAGUAGCAUAACCAGUGUUACCAAACAUCGAGCAGACAAGAAUGCCAUCCAUAAUCACAUACGCUUGUUUGAGCCGUUGGUUAUCAAAGCUUUGAAGCAGUAUACUACCACUACUUCGGUCCAGCUACAAAGACAGGUUCUUGAUCUUUUAGCUCAGCUUGUUCAACUUCGUGUUAAUUAUUGCCUGCUCGAUUCAGACCAGGUGUUUAUUGGAUUUGUAUUAAAGCAAUUUGAAUACAUUGAAGUAGGCCAAUUCAGGGAGUCAGAAACCAUCAUUCCCAAUGUUUUUUUCUUCUUGGUGUUGCUGUCAUAUGAACGAUACCAUUCCAAGCAGAUCAUUGGGAUUCCUAAAAUAAUCCAGCUGUGUGAUGGCAUCAUGGCCAGUGGGAGAAAAGCAGUUACACAUGCAAUACCAGCUCUUCAGCCGAUUGUUCAUGACCUGUUUGUUCUAAGGGGUACCAACAAAGCAGAUGCUGGCAAAGAACUUGAAACUCAGAAAGAGGUUGUUGUAUCAAUGCUUCUUAGACUAAUUCAGUACCACCAGGUUCUGGAGAUGUUCAUAUUGGUACUGCAGCAGUGUCACAAAGAGAAUGAAGAUAAGUGGAAAAGACUAUCCCGACAGAUUGCAGACGUUGUUCUUCCAAUGCUCUCUAGACAACACAUGCACAUAGACUCUCAUGAGGCUCUUGGAGUAUUGAACACUUUGUUUGAAAUAUUGGCUCCCUCUGCUUUGCGUCCCGUAGACAUGUUGCUGAGGAGUAUGUUUGUUGUUCCUUGCACUAUGGCUUCAGUGAACACUGUCCAGCUAUGGAUAUCUGGGAUUUUGGCAAUUCUUAGAGUUCUGAUCUCUCAGUCCACUGAAGAUAUUGUAUUGUCUCGAAUCCAAGAGUUAUCCUUGUCACCUAUGCAUCUCAGUUGUCAGAUUAUUAAUAAACUCAGGGUUGGAGAUAAUAAUAAUCUAGUUCCAGAAGAAACUGUCGACCAAAACCAGGCUAAACCACUCCCAGAGGAAACCUUUUCAAGGUUUCUCCUGCAACUGGUCGGAAUUCUUUUGGAAGAAAUAGUAUACAAGGAGCUCAAAGUGGAUUUGAGUGAGCAACAGCACACUUUUUACUGUCAGCAACUUGGUACCUUGCUUAUGUGUUUGAUUCAUAUCUUCAAAUCUGGGACAUUCAGAAGAAUCACUAAUGCAGCAACAAGACUGUUUAAAGGGGACGGUAAUAACGGCAGCUUUUAUACCUUGGAGAGCCUAAGUGAACUUGUUGAAUCUAUGUUUUCCACUCACCCAUCCCUUGUGCUUCUCUGGUGUCAGCUCCUACUUCUUAUUGACUACACAAAUUACAAUUGGUGGUCAGAAGUGCAUCAAACUGUCAAGAGAAACAACCUGUCAAGCACCAAAUUGCUGCUUAGCCCUCAAAUGUCAACAGACAGUGAAGAUGCAUACACAAGUACGGAGUCUAAACUGGGCAUGUGUAAUCGAGAAAUCGUCAGAAGGGGAGCUCUUGUUCUUUUUUGUGAUUAUGUGUGUCAGAACCUACAUGAUUCUGAACAUUUGACAUGGCUGAUAGUCAAUCAUGUUCAAGAUCUUAUUAAUCUUUCCCAUGAACCUCCAGUGCAAGACUUUAUUAGUGCAAUACAUAGGAAUUCUGCUGCAAGUGGCCUUUUCAUACAAGCCAUUCAGUCACGCUGUGAAAAUCUAUCAACACCAACAUCUCUGAAGAAGACUUUGCAGUGCUUAGAAGGAAUCCACCUCAGCCAGUCAGGUGCCGUGCUGAUGUUAUAUAUAGAUAAACUACUUCGUACUCCCUUCCGUGUGCUGGCUCGCAUGGUAGACACAUUAGCCUGUCGUCGUGUGGAAAUGCUCUUAGCUGCUACACAACAGAGCAUAGUUUCACAAUUACCAAUAGAAGAACUGGACAGAAUGCAGGAGUUUUUACAGAACAGUGGAUUAGCACAAAGACACCAAAGACUUUAUUCUCUGCUGGACAGAUUUAGGGGAACCGUGGCGCCAGAUACAGUUAGCCCUUUACCCUUGAUGACUUCUCACCCGCUGGACGGGGAAAAUCAAGCACCAUUAGAAACACUGGAUCCUGAUAAAGACUGGUAUGUGUCGCUGGUUCGAUCACAAUGCUAUACACACUCAGACUCUGCACUGCUGGAAGGAGCAGAACUGGUGAAUAGAAUUCCACACACAGAACGUCAUUCCUUUAUGAACAGCAAGAGUUUCAACUUAAGUCUGCUUGCACCUUGCUUAGCGUUGAGCUUGGAACAGAUUGCCGGAGAGCAGGGUAUCACCUUCUUUGAAACUACACACUCGCUGAUUCUAGAUCUUAUUUCCCAAAGUGUACGGCAGCUACCGGACAGCCAUCAGGUUCUGCGGCCUCUGCAGCAGGUUGAGAGCUCUGCUUACUGGGACAAGUUGAGCAACGUCUUCGGGGAUGCUACAGUGUACCGUUCUCUAGUCACUCUGUGCCGGGCAAUAUCUCAGUACCUGCUUGCACUGCAUAAGCUACCUCCUGGUUUUCACAUCCAGCGAAACAAAGAAGAAGACUUUGUGAAGUUUGUGGUACUCUCAGUUGAGGCAGUGACAUGGCAUUUUGUACAUGACCAAAUCCCACUGAGUGUUGAUCUCCAAGCUGUCCUUGACUGUUGCUGCUUAGCUCUUCAGCAGCCGAAUCUGUGGAACUUGCUGGCUUCUGCCGAGUUUGUAACGCAGGCCUGUUCUCUGAUAACUUGUAUUCGCUUCAUUAUUGAGGCAGUUGCAGUGGAACCUGGUGACCAGCUUCUGAAUCCAGAAAGGAAGCAAAACAGCUCUCCUAAGGACCCAGGAGGGGAUGAAAUUGAUUUGAGGCUUUCAGGUCUGGAAACUUGGUUGGUCCCCCAAAUCUGGGGGGGAAUUUGGAACUUCACUUCCUGAAAUCCCUGUAGAAUUCCUACAAGAAAAAGAAGUUCUUAGAGAGUUCAUCUACCGCAUCAAUACAUUAGGAUGGACCAAUCGCACUCAAUUUGAGGAGACGUGGGCAACACUCUUAGGAGUUCUGGUAACUCAACCUAUCGUAAUGGACCAAGAAGAAAGUCAGCAGGAGGAAGACACAGAAAGAACGCAGAUUAAUGUAUUAGCAGUACAAGCUAUCACGUCGCUGGUGCUCAGCGCAAUGACGAUUCCUGUUGCAGGAAAUCCCGCGAUUAGUUCUCUAGAGCAACAGCCGCGAAACAAGACAUUAAAAGCGCUUGAUACAAGAUUUGGUAGGAAAUUAAGUGUUGUAAGAGGAAUUGUGGAGCAGGAAAUUCAAGCUAUGGUGUCAAAGAGGGAUAAUAUCGCAACUCAUCAUGCCUAUCAAGCAUGGGACCCUGUUCCUCUGUUGUCUGCUCCAACAACAGGUGCUCUGAUAAGCCAUGAAAAACUCCUGCUGCAGAUCAAUACAGAGCGAGAAAUUGGAAGUAUGAGCUAUAAAUUAGGGCAGGUUUCCAUUCAUUCUGUAUGGCUUGGAAAUAAUAUCACACCCCUGAGAGAAGAGGAGAUUGAUGAAGAUGAAGAAGAUGAAAAUGAUACUCCUGCCCCUUCUUCACCCCCUAUUUCUCCAAUAAACUCAAGGAAGCAUCGUGCCGGGGUUGAUAUACACUCCUGUUCCCAGUUUUUGCUCGAGUUGUACAGCCAGUGGAUUCUACCCACAAACACAGGGAAGAAGACUCCAGUUAUCCUUAUAAGUGAAGUGGUGAGAUCGCUGUUAGCAGUGUCAGAUUUAUUCACCGAGAGAAAUCAGUUUGAGACUAUGUACACUACUUUAACAGAACUACAGAAACAGCACCCUCCUGAGGAUGAAAUUCUCAAUCAAUAUCUUGUGCCAGCAAUCUGCAAAGCAGCUGCCGUGCUAGGAAUGGAUAAAGCCAUUGCAGAACCUAUUAGCCGUCUGUUGGAGACAACACUGCGCAGUACUCAUAUGCCAAGCCGCAUUGGUGCUCUACAUGGCAUUCUUUAUGUCCUGGAGUGUGACUUGCUGGAUGAAACAGCAAAACAGCUCAUUCCAAUUAUUACAGACUACCUGCUUUCUAAUCUUCGAGGAAUAGCACACUGUGUGAAUCUUCAUAACCAACAGCAUGUGCUGCUAUUGUGCGCAGCAGCUUUCUAUCUGAUUGAGAACUAUCCAUUGGAUGUAGGACCCGAGUUCACAGCAGGCAUUAUACAGAUGUGCGGCGUGAUGGUCUCUGGAAGUGAGGAGUCAACACCAUCUGUGAUCUACCACUGUGUUCUGAGAGGACUAGAACGUCUCCUCCUGUCUGAGCAGCUCUCCCGACUAGAUGGCGAGGCUUUAGUUAAACUGAGUGUUGACAGAGUUAAUAUGCACAGCCCCCACAGGGCAAUGACAGCACUAGGAUUAAUGCUAACGUGCAUGUACACAGGCAAAGAGAAGAUGAGUCCUGGUCGUUCCGUUGAGCCUUCCGCAGCAGCUCCAGACAAUGAAUCGGUUAUUGUAGCUAUGGAGCGGGUAUCUGUACUGUUUGAUAGGAUCAGAAAAGGUUUUCCGUUUGAAGCUAGAGUUGUGGCAAAGAUCCUUCCUCAGUUUUUGGACGAUUUCUUCCCUCCACAAGAUGUAAUGAAUAAAGUAAUUGGAGAGUUCUUAUCCAACCAGCAGCCCUACCCACAAUUCAUGGCAACUGUAGUUUACAAGGUCUUUCAGACGUUGCAUGCAACUGGACAGUCCUCUAUGGUACGUGACUGGGUGAUGCUGUCUCUUUCAAACUUCACUCAACGAACACCGGUUGCUAUGGCAAUGUGGAGCCUUUCCUGCUUUUUUGUCAGUGCUUCCACAAGCAAGUGGAUCUCCGCAAUUCUUCCACAUGUAAUUAGCCGAAUGGGAAAAUCAGAGCCAGUAGACGUCAACCUAUUUUGUCUGGUGGCCUUAGACUUUUACAGACAUCAGAUAGAUGAAGAACUGGACCGAAGAGCCUUCCAGUCUGUAUUUGAGCUGGUGGCAUCUCCUGGAAGCCCCUAUCACCGUCUGCUGAUAUGUUUGCAGAAUGUUCACAAGAUUGCAGUUUGUUAGGCAGAUUGUUGGUGAGGCUUGUUUCCCAAUCAGACUCAUUGUCAGUUCUGAAGACAUGAGUGAUCGGUAAAUAAUCCUCAUCAUCCAUAGUCGUAUGCACAUUCUGCACUGAAUGUCACUUCUUGUAAAUAACAAGUUCUGAUUGCUACUAGAAUUAUUAAAGUGAAUGUAAAUGUCAUGUUCUAAACUUUUAAAUGGUUUGUGGUAGGGACUUUAACAACACAAAUCCACACUACAAAAAAAAGAUACACAGAACGCCAGUCCAGCAGUCAGCUCAGUAGUUUUUACUUUCCAAGGAUAUUUUGUAAUGGUUUAAAUCCACAUACAUUAAACCGAUGGUUUAACAUUUAUAACAAUUAAGUCUUACACUCAAGUUCUGCCUCAUAAAUGGUGGGCAAGACCAAGUAUAGUGGUUCUGUUUGCCUUUUUUGAACGCAAUAAAUUAAUUUAAGGACAAGAAGAAUCAAAAUGUUAUGUUGUUUGACGUCUUGCUGGACUUUGAUAAUACCUUUUGAGUUAUAUGCUUUGAUGGUGUGGAAAUAUUUGUGCAUAUUGCAGCACUUCGGUAAUCUUCUUCUCUCUGUGACAAAAUUUGGGUAUUGGAAUAAAUUGUUUUAACUUAUAUUUCUAUAACCUGUAAAAUAUGUAUAAUUGUAAAACCUAUAGUGCAUGAUAAUCUGUAAUUUCAAAUGAACAGUCACUUUGCUUAAUGUCAUUUCAUUCUUUUUUUUUUUUUUUUUUUUUUUCUUUUUGUUCAUUUUCAUAAAAUUUUACAUUCAACGUUAAUUAUAUCCUUCAUUAAAUCACUAUUUUAUUUUUUGUGAAACUGGAGGGUAAUAAAUUUUAAGGUGCAAUGAAGUUUCCAAUUAUUAAAGCAGAGGACCUUAUCUUGUAAACUUUCUAAAGAUUGUAAUCUGUUUUUAUUCUAGAAUUUGAAAUGUGUGGGGUUUUUGUGUUUUGACUAAUGAUGAAGCUGAGCCGUAGUUACCAUAGUGUACGUGAAAUAAAUUCCAUUUUUUUAUUUUAUUUUAUUCCGUUUCUGUCAGCCCAUGACUCUUGUUGUAAUCACUAGCUUCAGUUAUAGGUGUACACUGUAAAACCUGAAGGAUAUGUUCAAUCUUACCAGACCAAUAGUAAAACAUGUUGUUAAUGCUCUAAAAAGUAUAGUUUUCAAUACAGUUCUGUAAACAUAUACACAAAUCUCACUGGUCCCUCUAAUGGACUUGGUUUGUAAUGCACACAAAAUAUACUCUCUAAAACUUCCCGAAAUUAAGCCUUUACUUUAGAGUGUUGUAAUUUGUUUCACAGCUUAUACUGGUGCACCACAACAUGGCAAAAUAUGUCUGUCUCACACAGGAACAGUAACAACAUAUGGACAACACAUGCUACAAACACCUAAAUAUGAUCUCUUACGUGUUUUAAUGGUGUUUUGAGUGCACUACUAUUAUGGUUUUAACAUUAGAUUAUACAUUAAAGAGGCACAAACAGAUCGAUUGGAUCAGCAUCCUUGCAGAAUAAUUGGUCAUGCUCUAAUAUUUAUCUUUGCCUCAUUUAUAUCAUCAGAAAUAAAGCUAAUGUAUGCAUUUCUUCUUUACUUUUCAUCUUUCUAAAAUGAAAAUAAAAGUUGUUCUUUCUCUUAAAAUCUAUGUAAUUACCUUAUGCUGCAAACUCAUAAUUUCAGAAAUUCAUGUUGACUUUUCACGGAAACAAUAUAAUGUAACUAAAUACUC